AUGUCCAUCAAGCUCGCAUCUCUCUUGUUGGAGAUGGAGCGGGAGGGACCAACAUGGUACCUGCCUACCGCGUGGUAUAUAGAUAACCAAGUCGGGAGCGGGUCAUCACCAUUCACCUCUCGCCUUCCCAGGAACUUUGGUGGAACACUCAGCUCCAUUGUGUCAGACAAGCACUUGCCGCUGCUGCCCAUUCCCGCUAGCUCGAUAUCCAAGAAGACUUCAAUAUGGUCAUGUACAAGCCAGGUCAGACUGUCCGCUACAAGCCCGUGGGAGGUAAGUUUUCAUUUACGUGGCUUAUCAUCUUUUAUGCCAUCCACUGAUAUCUUGCAUCGAAAAGGGCCUGACUCGCACACCUCGGAGAGUGUGGGCAAAGUGAAGGACGUUUUGACCGAGCCCGGUCACCAAGCCGGCCGCAAUGUCAAUGCCAGCCCAGAGAACCCGAGAUAUGAGGUAUGUUCAGUCGUCUUACCGGAAAGUAGCUGGCCACUGAGCGGUCUGAUCAUUGGUUCUGACAAUGAUGUGUAUGGGGUAUAG